AUGCCUCGUUCCUAGCACCCAGAACCAUAAGCGUAUCUCCAAUUGCGCCCAACACCAUAGACGCCUCUCCAGCAAGGCCCAACACCAUAGGCACCUUGCCCAAGAAUGUCCCAGGCGCUCUGACCUCGAUAGUGCCCAUGGGGCUUGCUCGUCAAUGCCAUCAGUGCUUCCACCAUGAUGCUCGCCCGUGGGAGCGCGCCCAUGAUGUUCACCCAAGGGAGCUCUCCUAUGAUGCUUGCCCAUGGAAGCUCGGAGUGCCUUUGAUCCUCCUCGCAGAAUAA